UACCGCUGUCGACUACUGAAGCAGCCACAUCGGUAGCUUGCUAGCCGACAUUAAACCGAAUAAUUGAAGCUACUUUGACUAUUUUGGGUAUAUUAAUCGGUGUUUUAGACACAAUGAUUUUUACGUAUAUAGUAGUUAACUUAAUGUACUUGUUCAAUUUACGAAUUUGUUUAGAUUGAUUUGAUUCUGAGCCUAGCGCUAGGCUAGUUGCUAAUGCUAACUAGCUAGCUAACGUCCCUCACCAUGAGCUCACUAAGCUACUCUCCCCUUGCUAAAGAAGAGGAGGUCUGCUGGACGGAGAAAGAAGCUCUGGAGCUGAACAUUGUCGUAAAAGAAGAAGAGGAGAAUAUUACAGUGAAAGAAGAGGAAGAAGCUUUCAGAAUAAAACAGGAGGAAGAGGAGGCUAUCACAUUGAAAGAAGAAGAGGAGGAUGUGAAAGAAGAGAAAAAACAGUUUGUAGUGAAAGAGGAAGAGGGGAUAGAGGCUGUCAUGGUGGAAGAGGAGGAGGUAGAAGCAUUCAGAAUGAAAAAGGAGGAAGAGGAGGUUGUUAUAGUGAAAAAAGAGAAAGAACCUUUUGGAGUGAAAGAGGAAGAGGAGGGGGUAGAAGCAUUCAGAAUAGAAGAGGAGGCUAUCACAUUGAAAGAAAAAGAGGAUGUUCCAGAGGAGGAGGCUGUUAUAGUGAAACAAGAGAAAGAACCUUCUGUAGAGGAAGAGGGGAUAGAGGCUGUCACAGUGGAAGAGGAGGUAGAAGCUUUGAUAAUGAAAAAGGAGGAAGAGGAGGCUGUUAUAGUGAAAAAAGAGGAAGGACCUUUUAGAGAGGAAGAGGACGAUAUCUCAAUGAAGGUAAAGGAGGAAGAUGUUUUGGGAGUGAAAGAGGAGGAAGGAGAGGAAGAGGAGACUGAAGAUCUGAUUAACACCAAAGACAGACCUGACUCAGAGGAACCGGAGACGUCUGAACCAGCGAGACGACACCACUGUUCCCAGUGUGGAAAGAGUUUUAACCAUUUAGGGAAUCUUAAAAACCAUAAGAGAACACAUGCAGAGAAGAAGUCUUACAACUGCUCUCAGUGUGGAAUGAGUUUUACCCGGUUAGGGAACCUAAAAUCGCAUGAGAAAAUACACACAGGAGAUAAGCCUUACCAAUGCUUCCAGUGUGGAAAGAGAUUUAUCGAGCCAGCACAACUGAAAGUUCAUUGGAGAAAACACACAGGGGAAAAACCAUUCCAAUGCUCUCAGUGUGGAAAUACAUUUUCCCGAUCAGGGGACCUGAAAUCACAUGAGAGAAUACACACAGGGGAAAAGCCUUACCACUGUUCCCAUUGUGAAAAGAGUUUCAGUUGGUCAGGGCAACUGAAAGAGCAUAAGAGAAUACACACAGGAGAAAAGCCAUUCCAAUGCUUGCAGUGUGGAAAGAGUUUUACCCGGAUAGGGAACAUGAGAACACAUGAGAGAAUACACACAGGAGAGAAGCCGUUCCAAUGCUCUCAGUGUGGAAAGAGUUUUACCCAAUUAAGGAGCCUGAAAAGUCAUGAGAGGACACACACAGGGGAGAAGCCUUUCCAGUGAUCUCAGUGUGGAAAUGGUUUUACCCGGUUAUGGUACCUGAAAACACAUGAGGUGAUACACAAAAGGAGGGUAGCCUCACCUCUGCUCCCAGUGUGAAAGAGUUUUACCCAAUUAAGGGUCCUGAAAGAGCAUGAGAGAAUACAUACUCAUGUCACUACUCAUUUUGGAAAAACAUGUUCUGGCUUAUGGUUUUGACUGAGAAUUUGUGUUUUUGUCAUGAAAUCUAAUUGUAUAUUUAAAUCAUACUCACAAAUA